AUGAGUUUUGGUCACGCAUUAUCUGUUUCGGCAGCUGUUCUUGUUUUUUUGAUUGUUUUGGCAAGUUAUGCCGGAACAUCAGUAACUACACCUGAACAAGAACCGAGUCGAUUUACUCAUUAUCUAACGUGGCAUAUGAAAAUUAAAGGAUAUGAUGGCAACGAAUCUGACGCAGUGAUUAUCUUUUCAAUCGUUCUCAUGUUCCUCAGCGGUUACGCUGCAUUUAAAUGGACCCAAAAUCCACCGAGAAAUAAAAAACUUUCAACUAUCAUUGUGGAUGAAGACCGUGAAACAAAUGUGUCUUCAAUUGAUUUUGAUCGUUCACUAAUGGUUUACAUAGUUGCAACGUUAAGCAUUGCAGUUGCUUAUUUCUUUUUUGACACUGGUAAAUUAUUUGCAGGAUUUGGAGUAUUUCAUAAUGCCUCAGAACUUGCAAUUUUGUUGUUGAUUGGUAGCGGGGGUAAAAUUAGAUCAUCUGCCUUUUGGGGAGUAGAAAUAGCUUACAUUUUGACUACAGCCGCAGGUGCUUUCUAUUUCCCAUGGCCAUAUGAUGCUGGUUGGUUUAAAUUACAAGGUCUUACCUUUGAUUGGGCCUUGAUUAUUGAAUUUAUAAGAAUAUAUGUUCAUACCAGAAAUGUAAUUAAACACAAUCGAGAUAAUUUAUUGGGUCUUGAUCAAGACGAAAUCGAGAAUGAAGAGGAUAAUACGCAUAGUUAUUUCCCUAUAGUUACCAAUCAUCCACAACAACUUUUGUUAUUGAUUUUUGCUGCUACAGUUCAUAUUGGUGGCAACAUUUUUAGUACUAUAAUCAUUGAUGAAUUCUAUGCUUUCCUCGCAUUCCAAUUCUGUUACGCUGUUACAUUCCCUGCUUACGCGUAUUAUGUCUAUUUGGAUACUCACACAUCCAGCAUAUAUUCGCAAAAGCGUAUUUACCUUCCAAGCACUAAGGGCUGGAAGAUUGCUGUUAUAUCAAUCUCAACGAUUACACUUUCACUUGCAACCGUUCGUAUUGGACUUGCUUUGCGUAGUUAUAAUUCUGGUCAAUCUAUAACACCUCAGUCACAACAUUUAUGUUUUUAUAAUUUUUAA